CGCCCUGCGCCGAGCCCCCCCUUCCCCCGCCCCGGCCGCCGUCCAGCCGAGCAGGAGUAAGCCACCACAAUGGACUGGGGUACCCUGCACACUUUCAUCGGGGGUGUGAACAAACACUCCACCAGUAUUGGGAAGGUGUGGAUCACCGUCAUCUUCAUUUUUCGUGUCAUGAUCCUUGUGGUCGCCGCUCAAGAAGUGUGGGGUGACGAGCAGGAAGAUUUCGUCUGCAACACUCUGCAACCAGGGUGCAAAAAUGUGUGCUAUGACCACUUUUUCCCUGUGUCCCACAUCCGGCUGUGGGCCCUGCAACUCAUCUUUGUCUCCACCCCAGCCCUGCUGGUAGCCAUGCACGUAGCCUACUAUAGACACGAGACUGCCCGCAAAUUUAGGCGAGGAGAGAAGCGAAAUGAAUUCAAAGACCUCGAAGACAUUAAAAAGCAGAAGGUUCGGAUAGAGGGGUCCCUGUGGUGGACAUAUGCCAGCAGCAUCUUCUUCCGAAUCAUCUUUGAAGCAUCCUUCAUGUAUGUCUUUUACUUCCUCUACAACGGGUACCACCUGCCCUGGGUGUUGAAAUGUGGGAUUGACCCUUGCCCUAACCUUGUCGACUGCUUUAUCUCUAGACCUACCGAGAAAACCGUGUUUACCAUUUUUAUGAUUUCUGCAUCUGUGAUUUGCAUGCUGCUUAAUGUGGCCGAGCUGUGUUACCUGCUGCUGAAAGUGUGUUUUAGGAGAUCAAAAAGAACACAGACACAGAGAAAUCACCCCAACCAUGCACUCAAAGAGAGCAAGCAAAAUGAAAUGAAUGAGCUAAUUUCAGAGAGUGGUCAAAAUGCGAUCACAGGCUUUCCAAACUAAACAUUUCAAAGCACAGCGUAGCUGACUCAUAACAGAAGUGGUCUUUUCCUGAAGGCAAAGCCCACCUAAAAGUCCCCUCAAUAGGCUGAAGACUUUGUCUUUAUAAAUGGCUUUUAUAAUACAUAGAUACUUGAGUUAACUUUUUGUAGAAUAAUCGGUGCAUUAAUGCAUGACAUGCAACAUAAUCAAGUAUGUGGUCUGCCUCUGAAAGCUAAGACAGGAUUAUAACUGUGCCUUGAAAUAACCACAACACAUUUAAAUGGACUGUCUGACAUACUAGGUAUUUCCUGAAAAUUGUGUAACUGUUGUUUGGUAAAGAACAUUUAUCUGGAGAUUGCUACUUUGAUUAGUAAAAGGUAUUUUUAUAGGAUUGAAUGUUUUAGUUCUGACUUUGAAUUUAUAUAAAGUGUUUUUAUAAUGACUGGUCUUUCUUACCUGGAAAAACAAACGAUGUUAGUUUUAGAAUUAUGCCAUAAGUAUCUAAAGUUUAAACUUACAAAGAGUCUAUCAUGUUGUAAAUAGUGUUUUGCAUGGUCUGUGACAAGUUUAUGAACUGUCAUGAUACUCUCAAGGUGGAAAUUGUUCAUUGUACAAUAUAUUUUUAUUGCUUUCUGCACAUAGAGCUGUAUGGAAAUGGGAAACUUUUUAAAACUAGUCGAUUUGCAGUCGUUGUGAACAACCGAAAUGACAGUGGUUACCUCAAUAAAGAUCAGCCCCGUUGCUUACGCCA